GUGAAGACACAGUAACUCUCCAACUUUCAGUCCUCAUGCGAGUUUGACGAAGGUCGGUGCAGAGAAUAAGAGGUCGUAUGGAUCGAAUCCUGUUCUGCUGUUAACGCCGACGGAACUGAUACGGCAACAACGUAAAGGAAGUCGUCGAACAGCUACUGCCGUGGAGAAGAGAUUGUGCUGGGAGGACCUCAGUCAUGGUACCAGAGCCUAGGAUCCUGCUUUUCUUACUUCUCCUCGUAGCGUGGGCGGCAAACACAAGUGCACAACGGGACCGAAGUCGAGUAACACCCAUAAGAGCUAGAGAUGGGGGAAGGCAUGGUGUAAUGCAUUGGUCUGAUACUGCAAGCACUGUGGCUCAAAAACAGGUCAUGUUUCUGCAGAAGUCAGGUCACCAGAAAAGGACUUCAGUUGUCAGAGGUGACAUGGAACCAGAUAGCAGUGAAAGUGACAUACAUCCAUUGAGUCAAGCUGCUUAUUGGUACAGGCAUUCUGGCUCAGUUCAAGGAGGUGGAUAUACACCUCAGAGGCCACAUCCAUGUGAGCAGAGUUCAUGCUAUCCAGCAACAGGAAACCUGCUGAUUGGUCGAGAACCUCGCCUGUCUGCUUCCUCGACCUGUGGUUUAUAUGCACAGGAGCGGUAUUGUAUUGUAUCACAUUUAGAAGACCAUAAGAAGUGUUUCUGGUGUGAUUCUCGGCCACAGAAUGCAAAUAAUCCACGACUCAGCCACCGUAUAGAAAAUAUUGUAUACCGUUUUGCCCCAGGAACUCGACAGCGAUCUUGGUGGCAGUCUCAGAAUGGAGUAGAAAAUGUUACCAUUCAGUUAGAUCUAGAGGCUGAGUUUCAUUUCACACAUUUGAUAAUCACCUUCAAAACAUUCAGACCUGCUGCUAUGUUAAUAGAAAGAUCUUAUGAUUUUGGGUUAACGUGGCAGGUGUACAGGUAUUUUGCUUACAAUUGUGAUGAAUCUUUCCCAAAUGUACCAAAGCAUAACCCCAGAACAUUAACAGAUGUUGUCUGUGAGUCAAGGUACUCAAAUGUGGCACCGUCAACUGAUGGUGAGAUUAUCUUCCGAGUAUUGCCACCCAACCUUCCGAUUGAUGACCCAUAUUCACAGGAAGUACAGAAUCUGUUGAAGAUGACAAAUCUUCGUAUUAAUUUCACUAAAUUGCAUACUUUGGGUGAUGAUUUGCUGGACAACAGAGAAGAAAUUCAGGAGAAAUACUAUUAUGCAAUCAAUGACAUGAUUGUGCGGGGGUCAUGUUCAUGCUAUGGACAUGCUUCUCGUUGCUUGCCGCUUCCUGAUGUUGAGCCACGAACAGACAUGGUUCAUGGACGUUGUGAGUGCACGCACAAUACAAAGGGUCUUAAUUGUGAACAUUGUGAGGAUUUUUACAAUGACCUGCCAUGGAAACCAGCAAUUGGCAAGCAGACAAAUGCAUGCAAAAGAUGCAACUGUAACAACCAUGCUACAAGUUGCCACUUUGAUGCUGCUGUGUAUGAGCUGACAGGGCAAGUAAGUGGUGGUGUUUGUGAUGGCUGUCUCCACAACACAAUGGGCAGGAAUUGUGAACAGUGCAAACCAUUCUUCUACCAAGAUCCUGACAGAGAAAUAACAGACCCAGAAGUUUGUUUAUCCUGUGACUGUGAUCCCCGUGGUUCACUGGAUGAUGGAACAUGUGACUCACGCACAGAUGUGAUAAAUGGUCUGGAAUCAGGUCGUUGUCACUGUAAAGCAAAUGUUGAUGGCCGUCGUUGUGAUAGGUGCAAGAAUGGAUUCUGGAACUUUGAUGGGCAGAAUCCUGAAGGUUGUGAAUCUUGCACAUGCAACACACUGGGCACAAUUGGCAACCAGGGUUGCAAUGUAUACACAGGGGAGUGCACAUGUAAGCGUUAUGUGACUGGACGCGAUUGUAACCAGUGCUUGCCAGAACACUGGGGUCUAUCAGAUGAUCGUGAUGGCUGUAAAGCAUGUGACUGUGAUCCUGGUGGUUCCUUCGAUAAUAACUGUGAUGUCAUCACAGGGCAAUGCAGGUGUCGCCCGCAUGUGACCGGCAGAAUGUGUGAUCAACCAGAACAGAGUUACUUCACUGGAUUGUUGGAUUACCUGGUGUAUGAGGCUGAACUUGCAAAUUGUAGUGAGAACUGCCAAGUUGUAAUUCGUGAGCCAUUCCGUGAUGGUAGAGAAAACACAUGGACUGGUACGGGAUUCAUGAGAACAUUUGAAGACUCAACUUUGGAAUUCAUCAUAGAUAACAUCAAGACCAGCAUGGAGUAUGAUAUUGUAAUAAGAUAUGAACCUCAAGCACCUGGGAAGUGGGAAGACGUUCGUGUUAUUGUGGAGCGGACUGGUCCAGUUGAUCGUAAUGGUCCUUGUGCCAAUUCCUUACCUCAAGAUGAUAUAAAACAAGAUUCAUUGCCUGCAGGAGCCCGCAGUGUUGCAGUGUUUCCUCCAGUGUGUCUUGAAGCUGGGCAGCCAUACAAGAUUAGGCUGGAAUUUAAGCGAUAUGACAGUCAGAUAGAAACACCAACAGCAUCUGUGCUUGUGGACUCUAUUGCACUUGUACCAAGGAUUGAGAGUGUACCUUUCUUCAGAGAUUCCACACCAAAUGAAAUUAGACGUCAAGAAUAUGAACGCUAUCGAUGUAGUCAAGCAUUCUAUUCUGUAGUAAAGGGCAAUAUUCCAGAUGUAUGCAAGAAGUACUACUACAGCAUAGGGUUUUAUGUUCACGGAGGGGCAUUUUACUGCCAGUGUGAUCCCACAGGUUCAGUCAGUGCACUGUGCAGUUCUCUAGGAGGAGCAUGUCAGUGUAAAGCAAAUGUUGUUGGGAGGCGAUGUGAUCGCUGUGCGCCAGGAACCUUUGGUUUUGGACCUGAGGGCUGUAGAGCAUGUGAUUGCAAUUCUAUUGGUGCUUUGGAUAACUUCUGUGAUGCGCAAACAGGGCAGUGCAAAUGCCGAGCAAAUACAUAUGGUCGGGAAUGUGAUCAGUGUCAACCUGGUUUCUGGAACUUCCCUAAUUGCCAACGCUGUGAGUGCAAUGGACAUGCAGAUAUAUGUGACUCUCGCACAGGAGCCUGUAAUAGUUGCAGAGAUUCAACACUUGGUCACCAUUGUGACAGAUGUAUCGAAGGCUAUUAUGGAGAUCCUCGCAUUGGAGUGGACAUACCCUGCCGCCCUUGUCCUUGCCCUGAAACUGCGGAGUCCGGUCACUCUUAUGCUACCCGCUGUGCACUUGAUGCUCGCACACAGGAUGUAGUGUGUGAAUGUAGUGUUGGUUAUGCUGGACCACGGUGUGAUGUGUGUGCUGACAACUACUUUGGCAAUCCUGAGAUUCCUGGUGGAUCUUGUCGCUCCUGUAACUGCAGCAACAAUAUUGAUGUGUCUCGCCCUGGUAACUGUGAUAUUCGAACUGGUGAAUGUCUUCAGUGCCUUUUCAAUACAGAGGGCUUUAACUGUCAAAUAUGCAAGGCUGGAUAUUAUGGAGAUGCCAUUAACCAAGAGUGCAAAGAGUGUACAUGCAACCUGUUGGGCACAGAUGCAGAAGCAGGUCCAUGUAAUCGCAAGACAGGGCAGUGCUCUUGUAGACCAAAUGUGAUUGGCUUGAACUGUGACCAGUGUAGAGAGAACCACUGGAAAAUUGCGAGUGGAAUGGGUUGUGAGGCCUGCAAUUGUGAUCCUGUUGGAUCUGUUGCUGAACAGUGCAAUCAAUUUGAUGGACAGUGUGAUUGUAAGCAAGGUUUUGGAGGACGUCAGUGCAAUCAGUGUCAAGAUUAUUUUUGGGGAAAUCCAAAUGAGAAAUGCCAUGCUUGUGACUGCAAUCCUGAUGGGUCUGCCACACUGCAGUGUAACCAGGGCAAUGGCAGUUGUGUUUGUAUGGUGGGAAUUGGAGGAGAGAAGUGUGAUCGGUGUGCUCGAGGAUACAUUGGGUCUGCUCCCCAUUGCAGACCUUGUGGAGAAUGCUUUGAUAACUGGGAUAGAAUACUGAAUGAUCUGAAUGACCAGACUGAGAGAGUUAUUCAGGCUGCAUCUGAGAUUAAACAAACGGGAGCAACUGGUGCCUACACACGAGAAUUUGAAAAGAUGGAGGAGCAGCUUGAUGAAGUGAAACAGUUACUGGAGAACACAACUGUUAGCUCACAUGAUCUUGAAAGACUAGAAAGCUUGGUGGAAAAAUUUAGGACUGAUGUGAACAGGUCUUCUGAGAACUUGGAUGAAGUUGAAAAGCUUCUUGAUAACACUUCAUCACGCAUAUAUGAAGCAAACUUAAAAUUGACAGAUCUCAGAAAUGCUGCUAGUAAGCUCAAAUUUACUGCCUUGGGCUUAAAAGAAAAUGCAACCAAACUUCAGGAGGCAAAUGUUGAAGGUGCAUUAAAUCUGACUCGUGAGGCCCAGAAGAGGUCCCAGAAGGCUCAAGAAGCAGCAGAUGCAACAGAAGGAGAUGUGGCUGACUCUGAGCGACAGUGUAAGAGAACGGAGACCAUAGUGAACCGUACAGCAGACCAGUUCUACAGGAAUCAGGAAGAGAAUGAGGAUGCACUUGAAAGUCUUACGGAGAGACUCAAGGAACUGGAAGCACAAAUUCCAGACCUGAAUGAGCUGGUGUGUGACAAACGAGGAAACCCUUGUGACCCACUGUGUGGAGGAGCAGGAUGUGGAGUUUGUGGUGGGUUGUCAUGUGAGCAUGGGGCUAUUACUAAGGCUGAUAGAGCCCUUGGUGUUGCCAAGGAUGCUGAGAAAGCUAUUCGAGAGAAGGAAACUGAUGCAGAAGAACUGCUUAGAGGGAUAUCCCAAGCAAAAGAGGAGACAGUUACAGCUAGAAACCUGGCUAAAGAAGCUUAUGACACAGCUCUGCUAGCUGGUAAUCAAUCAGAGAGCAUGGUACAGGAAAGGGCUGACCUUGUUGAAAAGCUGGAUGAAUUUCAUGGCAUGGCUGGUGCCACCCCUGCUGAAAUCAGGAACCUCGCAUUAGAAACUCUUAACAAGGACAUAUACUUGCGCCCAGAGCAAAUCACCAGUCUGACAAGCAGUAUCAAUGAUACAAUAUCAUCACUGAAAGAUAUUGAUACAAUUCUGGCAGACACUAGUGAUGACCUGGAAUUAGCAAAUUCAUUAAAGAAGCAAGCAGACAAAGCUAAACUGGAUGCAGAAGGAAUCCUGGAUACAGCCCAAAGAGUUGUGUCAGCCUUGGAUGAAGCACAAGAAGCUCAAAUGAAAGCAGAAGAAGCAAUUAAGAAAGCUCAUGAUGAUAUAUCGGCAGCAGAAAAGGAUUUGGCGCAGAUUGGUAGUGAAACAGAUGAUGCUCAACAGAAGGCAAAUGAGACUGUGAGAGGAGUGAUCAUGCUUGAAAGUCAUCUCAAAGAGCUUCAGACAAGAUUUCUGAAAAACAGUCGUGAUUCUAAAGAAGUUACAGAAGAAGCAGAGAAAGUUAAUAAAGAAGCGAGACAAGCAAAUGACAAAACUGGUGAUCUGGAAAGCAAGCACCAGGCAGCUGCUGGAAAGUUAGAGCAGAAGGUGGAGGAAUCAGCACGGGACCAGAAGAAGGCAUCACAGCUUCUUGAGAGAGCAAGUAAAUUGUUUCACAGUACCUCAGCCAAACACAAGGAACUCUUAGGCAUGAAAACAGACUAUGAAAAUAAUGAAGGUAUCCUGAAUGAUUUAUCAGAUACAAUUGAUGAUUUGAAUAGAAGAAUAGUGAUUGCACACAAAAACAUUAAUUCAAGAUCGGAAUAUUAUCGCACAUGUGUGUCUUAAGGGCUGUGAAGUGCCAGGGGAGUGAUAUGUAUUCUUUACAUCAGUCCAAGAUUUAAGUGUGCCAAAACCUGUGUUUUAUAUUGUAAUCUGUGGGACAGCCAGACUAUUUUAUACCACUCACUCAUUUACUGAAAGUAUUCAAACUGCCAUUUUAUUUCUCAUUUUGCUUUCGUCACAGUGUUAUGUAUGAACAUAGUCUUAGUUUUUUAUAUACCAGCUUUUCCACUUUUGUACUUUCCAUUGGUUAAUAGAUGUAGUUAAUUACCUAAAUGUAGUGUGAUCAA